GCCUGCAUUUUCCCUCCCACCCAACCCUUUGCCUGCAUUCCCAGUUUGGUAAGUGCCACAUCAGCAGUGCCCGCCACCAUGACGGUUUCAGCUUUGGGCAUGCCAGGCCAAUUGGCCAACGAGUCCAUUGACGAGUACCGACAGCGGUUUCUAGAGCAGCUCGCGCUGAUCGAGGCUGAGGUACAGCGCCAGGCGGCAGCCGAGGCUGCCCACCUACAGGCUGAAGUGGCGGCAGCAGCUGAAAAGCAGCGGCUUCAGGCCGAAGCUGACGCAGAUGCCCAGGCCCGCCGCAAGGAGGCCCAGGAUCUGCUACAGCGGCAUGAAGCCGCCAGCGUCGAAAAGCUCAAGUUCUGGCAUUUCGAACCAUCCGAGGACCAUCACGACGCAACACCGGAAGAGCAGCACAAGGAGUUCCUCUCCAAACUCGUGACCCGGUUGGUUUACACUUGUAACCACCUGCAGUCCGAGUUAGAGAAACAACACCAGGCAAUGGCGAAACAGCACCAGGACCUGGAGAACCUCCAACGGGUUGUGCGGAACGACAAGGAUCUGCACGAGGAUGCUACACGGGCACUUGAUUCCCACGUACAAGACCUGGAGCAAGAAUCACCAGGACCAGACGCUGGCGAGCCCAGCAGUGCAGCCUCAACCUGCCAAUUGGAGGAACGAGUUGACCAUGUAGUCGCAAUGCUCGGUGACAUCAGCACCUUCACCGCACCCGCCACCAUCAGCGAGCAACUUGACGCCUUGAAGAACGAGGUUUGGGAAGUGCACCAGCCGCCCGAGCACGAUGGCAGCACCAGUCCGCAGCAAUACAAAAUGUCGAUAUUCCGGAUUGAAAAGUUUGAUGACUAUACGCAUCAAGACCCGGUCCCCUGGUGGGAGGGCUUUACGACGGAACUGCGGAUUCAUCACAUCCCUGAGCACUCGUACAUCGGCGCGCUGCUCAACUCACAGGGCGGAUGCCAGAUCUGGCUCAGCCACCUGGCAACCAUCCACGGCGUCCAGGUCGCCGAUCUACACAAGAAGAUCUCUUGGGAAGAUCUGACGGGACAAUGGAAGAAGCGGUUCAUCGUUGACGACGCCCCGACGCUCGCCAUCAACCACCUCUUCAGCAUGACUCAAGGCAACACACCAACACGUGACUGGCUUACGGAGUGGCGAAAGAUCGUGGCAACGCCCGAUCUCGACUUACCAUUUCUGCAUCUGCGUCGGGAGUUCUACAACCGGUCGUGUGCCGCCUUAAGCCUCGCACUUGGUGAUUGCAAGCAGUACACAACCUUCGCCGAAAUCAUCGACAAGGCGCGAGAGAUCAUCAAGACCAACCGGACUGCUGCACACGAAAAGUCAGCGUGGCAGCCAGCCCAUGUGGAGAAAGGAAAAUUUGGUCCAUGUCCACAGCAAGUCGCUGCAGUCCAACUGGACAUCAUUGUGGAAGACCCGGCAGCCACCCAAGCAUCACGUGAGGGAGAUCAGGUGGCCCUUGUCCAGCCGCGAAGCAACAACAACUCCUAUGGAAAAGGGAGGUUCGACAUGAUCUUGGGCAUGUCAUGGCUGCGAAGCGAGGAUCACCCGGUGAACUUCUACCGCCGCACCGUUCACGUUCAUGAUCGGAACAAAGUACCAAUCCCAUGCACGGUGCCUUCACCUCACCCUUCGAUCAGCUGUCAUGUGGUGUCCGCCGCGAGCAUUCGAGCUUCCAUCACCCGAGACGACAUCGAGGAGAUGGGUGUGUGUUUUCUCCACGCCCUCCCGCCCCAUGACAUCUCAUCGACGGACGCAUCAACGGACUCACUCAUCACCGAGCUUCUUGACGCCUACAGCGACGUGUUUGAAGCCUGGCACGGAGUAGUAGUACCGGAUCGGCCCAUCCAGCAUGAAAUCAUCCUCGAGGUCGGGGCCGUACCUCCACGUGGUUGCAUCUACCGCAUGAGCGAGGAAAAGUUAAGUGUGCUACGAGCACAACUUAACGACCUUCUUGAGAAAGGUUGGAUUCGGCCAAGCUCUUCGCUAUACGGUAUUCCCGUUCUCUUCGUCCGGAAGAAGAAGGAUUUGUGGUUGCGCAUCGAUUAUCGCAAGCUCAACGCGCAAACCGUGAAGAACGUCGGCCCUCUCCCGCGCAUCGACGACCUUCUCGAACCGUUGGGCGGCGCUAAGAUCUUCUCCAAGCUGGACCUCAAAUCGGGAUAUCACCAACUCGAGAUCCGGCAGGAGGAUUGCUACAAAACCGCGUUUAAAACGCGAUAUGGGCAUUUCGCAUGGCUGGUUAUGCUAUUUGGCCUUACGAAUACCCCGGCCACAUUCAAAGCGGUUAUAACAACGGAGUUCCGACACAUGCUAGAUAGAUUUGUACUCAUCUACCUCGACGAUAUCUUGGUGUACAACCAGAGUUUGGACGAGCACGUGGAGCACUUGCGCACCGUUUUGGAACUACUACAAGCCAAGUACAAAGCCAACCCCGACAAAUGCUAAUUUGCAUGGUAAGAGCUCGAGUACUUGGGCCAUUUUGUGACGUCAUCACGGAUCGCAAGUACGGCAGC